CAAGGAAGGAGCGAGCGGAGCUGCGGCGUGGACGCUGACACGGGUGGAGGGGCCGAGAGAGACACACUUUCCUCUGCAGGAUCUGUCUCUGGAUGUCCGUGAGCCGCGGAGGGAAGCGAACCCGCAGCCUUCACGCACCACCGCCAUGUCCUCCGUGGACGCCUCGGACCCGGACCAGGACCAGGACCGGCGGGUCAGCGUGCUGUCGUGGGACCAGGUGCGGCGCCUGGACUCCAUCCUGGGGGAGAGCGUCCCGAUCCACGGCCGUGGGAACUUCCCCACGCUGUCCGUGCAGCCGCGGCAGAUCGUGCAGGCGGUCCGGGCCCGACUGGAGGAGCAGGGUGUGGCGGUCCGCGACGUCCGGCUCAACGGCUCGGCGGCCAGCCAUGUGCUGCAGGAGGACAACGGCCUUGGCUACAAAGACCUGGACCUGAUCUUCGGCCUGACGCUCAGCGACGACUCGACCUUCCGGCGGGUGAAGGACGUGGUGUUGGACUGCCUGGUGGACUUCCUGCCCGACGGUGUGUGCCGCCAGCGCAUCACGCAGCUGGCGCUGAAGGAGGCCUACGUGCAGAAGCUGGUGAAGGUGUGCACAGACGCCGACCGCUGGAGCCUCAUCUCGCUGUCCAACAACACCGGCAAAAACGUGGAGCUGAAGUUCGUGGACUCCAUGCGGAGGCAGUUUGAGUUCAGCGUGGACUCCUUCCAGAUCAGGCUGGAUUCGCUACUGUUGUUCGACCGCUGCUCGGACACGGCCAUGUCCGAGGCCUUCCACCCCACGGUGCAGGGCGAGAGCAUGUACGGGGACUUCCAGGGGGCCCUGGCCCACCUGCGCUCCAAGACCAUCGCCACCCGCCGCCCGGAGGAGAUCCGUGGCGGCGGCCUGCUCAAGUACUGCCACCUGCUGGUGCGCGGCUUCCGGCCGGCCUCCCAGAGUCAGAUGAAGCAGAUGCAGCGCUACAUGUGCUCGCGCUUCUUUAUCGACUUCCCCGACCUCUGCGAGCAGCGGAGGAAGCUGCAGGCCUACCUGCAGAACCACUUCGCCGGGAUGGAGCGCCGGCGCUACGAGUACCUGCUGACGCUGCGGCGGGUGGUGGAUGAGAGCACCGUGUGCCUGAUGGGCCACGAGCGCCGUCAGACGCUAGCGCUCAUUUCGGCGCUAGCGCUGCGCGUGAUGGCCGAGCAGAACGCCAUCCCGGCCCUGGCCAACAUCACCUGCUACUACCAGCCCGCGCCCUACGUCCGGGACGUCAACUUCAGCAACUACUACGUGGCGCAGGUUCGGCCGCCCAGGAACUCUUACCAGACCUGGCUGUCGUGUAGCUGAGCUUCGUGUGUUACCGAUAUGUGGGAGCGACAAUAGCGUUUGCAUUUGACACAGUUGAUCAUAACAUGCUACUCAGCGGAUUGGAAAAGUGGGUGGGAUUUACUGGCACUGUGCUUCAAUGGUUCAAAUCUUACUUGCAAGAUAGGGCCUUUUUUGUGUCAAGUGAAAACCAUGAGUCUGAGAGAACCAAGAUCACAUGUGGGGUUCCUCAAGGGUCCAUUCUCGGACCACUUCUAUUCAACAUCUAUAUGUUACCCCUAGCUCAGAUUAUGGAACAUCACAACAUUUCCUACCAUACUUAUGCCGAUGACACACAACUCUAUAGUUCAGUGUCACCACAUGACUACAGUCCCCAACUCUCAUUGAGUAACUGUAUUCAUCAAAUCGAUGAGUGGAUGUUUCAGAAUUUUCUCCAGCUAAAUGCAGAAAAGACAGAGGUGAUCAUUUUUGGCCCUAAAACUGAAAGGGAAAAGAUCAGCGCUCACCUUGGCUCCAUGUCAUUGACAGCUACAAAUCAAGCCAGAAAUCUUGGUGUAAUUAUUGACUCAGACCUGAACUGCCAACAGCCAUCUAAAGUUUAUCCAGGCGGCACCAGCGUCCACCGGGCCGGUCCACUUAUUGACUUAUUGAAGGUUUCAGCUUCCAGCUAAAUUCAGUCUAUUCGUAAAAAACACCAAACAAGGGAAGUAAAUAAGAUUGUUUGUUUGAUUUCAUCCAUUUAUAUCCGGUCCGGUUUGGUCCAGUUUAGUGCAGAAUCAUGUGAUGUCAGUUAAUUAAGAGGAAGGGGGGGGUCAAGGAGACAUCAGGAACCAGAGAUCUGUAUUUCGUUAGUCUGAAGAGACGAUCGACUUUCAGUGGAUGCUCCGUCGCUCCGGUUCAUCCGCCACGUUCAGGGUUUCAGGUGCAGCAGAAACUCCUCACCUUCCUGUUCUCCUCGACUUCCUCCACCUCUGACGUAGGAAGCCUCCAUGUUUGGAGGGAUGGGUAGAAAGAACAUGGCAGAAUAGCUGGCGGCACAAAGACCUGUCAAACGUUACUUACUGUGUAUCACAACUGUUCCACUAAGUUAUAGUGUUUAUACUGCUGUAAAACAACCAGUCAUCAUCGCUCCUUGUUGUUUUCUUCUUUCCUUGUGGAUGAAAUGAAGGCUUGACCUGUGAGGGAGGGGGGGAUGAUUGGUAGCCAGUUUUGAUUGAAAUGUAAACACUCGGUAUUAAAUCAGAAAGCUUCUUCUGUUCCGUCUGUGGUUUCUUGAUGUAGGACCAAAGAAAUGUUCUGUAUCAAAGAAAAGCCUGUAAACCUGUAAUGUCUGGUUCCAAGUGCCUAAACAUGGCCAACGUGUCCCCAGAACUGUUUCUGGACCUUUUCAUCCAGGUUUUGCAGGUUCUGACCUCCAGGGUCGGACAUUUCUUCUGAAAACAUUAAAAAAACAGUGUCAACACUUGAAA